CUUCCUCGGUCGGAGCGCGGCGUUGCCGAGAUUUGAGGGGGCCGCUGAGACCGAGGGUCUGGCGGCCGCAGGAACGACCCAACGAAGGGGCUCCGGCCCGGGAGGUGCUGGAACAUGGGGGCGGAGCUGCAGUUUGUUUGACAGUUGCCAGACUAUGUUUACACUUCUGGUUCUACUCAGCCAACUGCCCAUAGUAACCUUCGCGUUUCCUCAUUGCACAAGAAGUCCAACGGAAUCUGGGCAUGCAGGAAAAGAAGUCUUUACAUCAAAAGAAGAAGCAAACUUUUUCAUACAUAGACGCCUCCUAUAUAAUAGAUUUGAUUUGGAGUUCUUCACUCCUGGGGACCUAGAAAGAGAGUGCAAAGAAGAACUGUGUAAUUAUGAAGAAGCCAGAGAGAUAUUUGUGGAUGAAGAUAAAACGAUGACAUUUUGGCAGGAAUACUCGAUUAAAGGACCAACCACAGAAUCAGAUGUCAAUAGAGAGAAAAUCGAUGUUAUGGGCCUUCUGACUGGAUUAAUUGCUGCUGGAGUAUUUUUGGUUAUUUUUGGAUUACUUGGUUACUAUCUUUGUAUCACUAAGUGUAACAGGCAAAGACAUCCAGGUUCUUCAGCCACAUAUGUGAGGGGCAGGCACGCUUCCUCCAUCAUUUUCAGAAGACCUAAGGAGGCUGUCUUUUCUCCAUCACCACCUUCACCAGAGGACACAGGAUUACCUUCUUAUGAACAGGCAGUGGCACUGACUAGGAAACACAGCGUUUCACCACCACCACCAUAUUCUGGGCCAGCAAAAGGAUUUAGGGUAUUUAAAAAGUCUAUGUCGCUCCCAUCUCACUAAGCCCAUUUUGCCAUCUUGGUGGUAUGGAAGAUUCAUCUUAUUUGAAUGGUUUGUGUUCCCUGAACCAGAAAGGACACGUCAACUCAGCCCUCUAUGACAAACUGCAGGGAGCAGAGGAGGAAUAAGCUCGAGUUCUAUACCGCAGAAGUUCCGUCAGCAUCUUGGACCUGAACCUGAUUAUUAUCAGCUUGUUAAGAAACUUUGACUCCAUAUCCUUUCAGUUAAGCAGAGAAGACUUUUUUUGUUUAUUUUAAUGGUUCAAAAAAAUCUGUGUCAUGGAUGUCAAAGAUUGAACUGAUGAAAUAUCUGGAUCCUGUGUACAAAUAAGGGAUGGGGAUUUCUUGUGUUGAGUAUUUUAAAAAGUAAGAGUUUCUAAUCAUUAGAUUAUCCCAAGUCAUUAUAUUGGACCCACUCUUUACUAGCAUCACUUUUUUGGUUGGUAAUACUUAACAGAAUUUGACAUUUCAGUGUAAAUUGGUGGCCUUAAUAUGAUCACUUGGUUUUAAAUUUUAAAUUAUUGCAUAGCAUUCAUAUUUUGUAGGUUUUAGUUGUUAACUUUUGUUAUCAGUCAUGUUUUAUUAUGGAGAGUGGGGUCAGUAGUUUUUUUAAAAAAAAAAACACCUACUUGCUAGGGAGUUAGGUCUUCAGUGGGCACAGUACUGCAAUGGCAAGACUUGAAAGGGUUGUUAUUGUACCAAAUAAAUAAGUAGGCCUCAAAUCUAGGAGUGACUAGAACUUGAUGAAGUUGUCCAUGUUACUGACAAGUAGAAAUACCCAUUUUCAUUGCUGAAUUACCUAUAUAUAACUAUUAUGUAUCUUGAAAUUUUAUUAAGGCUUGAUAAACAAUAGUUUGAAAACAUAAUUUACUUUGCUGGUAUUAAAAUUAUUUAAUUUUAAUUAAAUACCCUUUUAAAUACCCUAAAUCCUUUUGCUGGCCCAGCUGAUUACAGUUACCAGCAACCCAUUGUACAUCUUAAUGUCUGGACAAAACACCAUAAGUCAUUAUUUUACCCUAUACUGCUAAUUCUAUAUAUGACCAGUCUCUCCUUAAGAAUGUAGUAGAGUAUAAGCUAUAAAGCUUUGGAGUGAGUGUGGAACCAAAGUUGUGUUAGUAGGUGUGUAUAUAUCUGUGAAUUUGUUUCUUCUUUGUAGGAGCUCAAGAAAUAACAUACCCCUGAGAAAUAGAACAUUGUGUUUUGUUUUUGCCAGUAUUGCAUUUUCCUAUUAUUUAAGAUCAUUUAUGAAAUUGUAUUUUGUUUUAUAAUUUUCAUUAGGGUAAAACUAAAACCCACAUGCAUUUGAUAAUUCUUUCCAAAUUAAAUGUUUAGAAAGUAUAAAUCAUUAUAGUGUGUGAGAGUGUAUGUGUCUCUUUUAAGACAACAUGAUCUCAAGUCAGAUAAAAGCAAGGCCUUAAUCAUCAUAGACUGCUAGAGACUUUAUUGUUUAAAAUUCUUGGCAUCUCUUCAGUUUUUUGUCAUAAAGCAAUCAUCUAGCAACAUUUAGAUAUAAGGGAAAGUCGACUUUUUAAAGCCACCUACAUUACCUAUAAAAAUUUUACUAUUAGUCAUACCUUGGCCUUACAGAGCACUUUUUCUCAUGUAACUUUGCACUUUGCACUUAUUUUAAUCUUCUUUAAAAGGUCAGAGGCAAACUCUAUUCACUUUGUAACAGUCAGACUAAGGCAUGGAAGGAUAAACUUGCCCCAAAUCUAAUAUGUUGGUGAUAGCUAGGUUUAGAACGAGCAAGCACAUUUUUCUAGGCCCAUCUUGUACCUAUAGAAUUAUACUCUCUCCAAUUAUAAAACACAGGGAUCUUGUUAAUUAAUUUUAAGUCUGUAUGAGAAAUUUAUAAGCAUUUGUCAUAUAUACAUAAAAUGAUAGAGGUACAUGUAUUACAUAUGUGUACAUGUAUUCUUACAUAUGUAUUUCUUAAGAUUAAUAGAAACAAGCUAUGAUGGAUCUUCUAUUCAUUGUAAUUUGAAAUAGUCCAUGAAUUUGUUUACUCCCACUGACUCACAAGUGUCUAACUGCAAAACUAGCUUUGGAAGCUGUGAUAAUCCCUUUUCCCUAGCAGCAGCCUAGAUCUGUCAAAGGCUGUCGCUUAGUGUAAAACUGUUGCUCUAAGGUGAACUAAGAUUGUGAAGUUACUGAUACUUGUGUAGCAUCCAAUGUUGAGCUCAUAAUACUUUAAUAUAAAAAGGGAAAUGUGAUAGAACAGAAUUAACAAAAACUACGAUCGGAAAAUGGUGGAAUAUGGGUAUAAAAAGAGAAUUAGACUAGAAAAAGACAAACACUUAAAAGGUUAUACUUCCAGUAGGACAUAAUUCUACACAGAAUAUUCUCUUCAAAAUGAAAAAAAUUGAAGAGCACACAAACUAUCAAAGUAUUGCAUCCGUUAAUGUGCACUCUGAGGGAAUGCACAAAGUGAGGUGAAAAUUCUCAGAAUGAUUAAAAACCAGAGCAACAGUGUCCUCUGUGUCUGCAGUGUCCUGUUACCUGGAAAUUUCUAAUCAAUUUUAUUCUAUUUCUCGGAUAAUUUAUGUGUGUAUACUUUCCCUACAUGUACAGGAGACUUUUUUAAUGAGGAAGGAUUGUUAAUGCAUGGAAAAGCUCAAUUUCACAUUUUUCAUAUUGUUUUGUUCUAAUUGAAUGUGAAUUACAUUGUUAUUAGUUACUAGUUUAAUUUGAAAUGUUAUGCAGUGACAUUUAUGCUAUUAGAGGAGUGUCUAGAAUUUCUAUAGUUUUUUUAAAACUGGAUUGUUCUAUAGAUCCUGCCUGUGUGGCAUUUUGGAACAUGUGCAAUGUACAUUAAUGCCCUCCAUCUUCUGCAUUGUUUGUUACCUCCAGGAUUUCAUUUGCCUGUUUAAAAAUAUUUCCCUAACAGUUAAGGAGGCCAAGGUAAUCCAGUACAAAUGUAUCAGUAUUUUCCUUACCUGGAAAAAGCAACCUACUUUUUGGAAGGCAUGUUUUUCCUUUUAAUGAAUUUCCUAUUGCACU